AUGACAGAAGCAAAAAUCAGCGUGUGGUGGGGAAAGAUGGGAGUAACGAGAAUGGUCGAGGAGAAGGAAGAGAGAUCAAACAAAGUGCAGGCCACCAACAAAUGUCGAAACCAAGGCAAAGAGGAAUCUUGGUGCCCUCUGUUCUCAGAAGGCCUCCCUUCUGAUUUCGCCUCAAAUUCCAAACUAGCAGCAAUUGCAAGUUUGCUGAAUGAUGAUAACACUGACGGCAAUUGUGACGGCAAUUCUCAACACAGCGAUGGAAAUGAAGAUCAGAAUAAUGCGGUAAACUGUACAUCUGACAAGUUACCAGUCGGGAAAUCUUCCAACAAAAUACAGCAUGGGAACUCUACUGUGACGCUUCCAGCUGGGGGCGGCAAAGCCAAGCGAAAGGCGAGGCGGCAAAGAAAAGCAGGAAUGCCAUAUGAUAAGGAGAAGCAUGCAAAAACUAUACCGUGCAAGACCGCAUCAGUUGGAGAAGCACAAUUGUUUUUGAAUCUCUGGAAGCUUUGA